CCUUCCCCCCCUGUAAUGGCAUACAUCUGCCAAUCCUGCCUCCGUCUCCCACGUUGCUCAAUUCCCCUCCGAGGAUUAACGACGACGACAUCAACUACCCCACCACCGCCACCACCUGCAGACUUCGAAACCGGAUCAUUCCGCAAAGACCUGAAGAAGAGGAUAAAAUCCGAGCACAGGUCCCGCCAAUCCCAAAGGCGCGGCGCCACCUUCCCCCCAGCAUACACGGUGACCUGCGGUCUGGAGAUCCACGCGCAGCUCAACUGCGCCAGAAAACUCUUCAGCUCGUCAAGCACGAGCAUCAGUGCACCUCCAAACACGCACAUAGCGCCCUUCGAUGCCGCUCUGCCGGGGGCGCAACCGAGACUGAAUAAAUCCGUCCUGUUACCCGCGCUGAGGGCGGCGAUCGCGUUGCGAUGCCGGGUGAACGAGGUGUCCAGGUUCGACAGGAAGCACUACUUUUACUGGGACCAACCGAGCGGGUACCAGAUCACGCAGUUCUACUCCGCCCUCGCGAAUGACGGGUACGUGGUGCUAUACCCGCAUGACACCCCGCAUGCGAGCAGUGAAGGUGUGCGCGUACCCAUUCGCCAGGUCCAGUUGGAGCAGGACACUGGAAAGACGAUCGCUAGCGCUAAUGUCUCGCUGGUGGACCUCAACCGCGUUGGUGCGGGGCUCGUGGAGAUCAUUACGGCGCCGUUCGACGUCCCCAGUGUGGAGUUUGCUUCGGCUGUUAUGAAGAAGUUGCAGGCUACGCUGCGUGCCGUGGGGGCUUGCGUGGUGGGCAUGGAGUGGGGGGGCCUCCGCGCUGAUGUUAACGUUUCCGUGCGCCCCAAGGGCGUGCAAGCGCUGGGGAGGCGCUGCGAGAUUAAGAAUUUGAGCUCGCUGAAGUUGGUUGAGGAGGCGAUCACCGCUGAGGUGGAGAGGCAGGUGCAAAUCUUGGAGAACGGCGGGGCGGUCGAGGGUGAGACGAGGGGUUGGGACAUCGAGAGGGGGACUACGAAGAGGCUUAGAGGGAAGGAGGGGGAGGUGGAUUAUAGGUACAUGCCUGAUCCGGAUCUGGGUCCUGUGAUCGUUGUGCCGGGGGUUGUGGAGAGUGUUAGAGAAGGACUACCACCGCUGCCGGACGAAAUCCUGGAAAAGCUCACGGGAACGGAAUAUCACUUGAGUGUGAAGGAUGCGCAAACAUUAAUGAUGUGGGACGAGGGAGAAGUAGGGGUAAUAUCCUACUACAAAGACGUCGUCGGAAAAGUCACCACUGCUCUAGGAGCUCUCGCAGUAGCAAAUCAAAAGAAAGGCAAAGAAGUCGGAAAAACAGUAGGAAACUGGUACUCCCCCCCCCCCUCCUUCCCCUUAACUUUCCACCCCCCAACUCUAACAUCCCUAGGCUAAUUCACGAACUCGGCGGAACACUAACAACCCAUUCCCUCCCCUGGUCCCUCAACCCCCUCACAGCAACCACCCUUUCAUCACUAAUCAUCCACCUCCUAACCAACAAUAUCACCUCUUCGACGGCAAAAUCCCUCCUAUCAACCCUGUUCUCUCCCGGCGAAACCAGAACAGUAGAGCAGAUAAUCGAGCAGGAGGACCUCGCGAUAAAACCCUUGUCGGAGGCGGAGCUAGAGGAGGUUGUGCGCCGGGUAGUGACGAGUGAUGAUGACAGUGGGCGGAGCGUUAGCGUUCUAGCGCGGAUCCGCGGCUUGCGAGAUGAGGACGGGGAGAGGGGGGAGAAAAAGAGGAAGGGCCUUGCGAGUUUCUUCGUCGGAAAGGUUAUGAAGGAGUUGGAGGGGAGGGUGAGGGCUGAGAAGGUGGAGGGUGCUGUGGAGAAGAUCUUGAGGGAGAUAGUCUAAGGCAGGAGUUUUCUUUUUCCGUCGACACCCCGGAAGGGUGUGGGAGGGGAUGGAGAGAGAGGUCGAAGUGAUGCUAGGGGAUCGACAUCGGGUUCGGGAUAGAAAUUAAUAGUGACACCGGCGCCCGCCAGCAAUGAUAGAGGGAGGUUAAUAUUUAACACCCUUAGACUCAGCCUAGGGGUCAUAAUCUUCACCUACUAUCACUCGAAACUCGAUCUCGGCUCGGUCAAGGUUUUAGGACACCAAAUUCUAGAAACGGCUCUUUCGCGAGCCUUACCGGCAUAGUGCGACUCAAAGAAAUAAUCCCCCCACACCGGACCCUCCAGACCAUUAGCCUCAGGAUAUCGAGAAACCAUAUUUCAAUCAAUGCACGCUAAACAUAUCGUACAAGCACAAUCAAAAGCCCAUCCGGCGACAUGAAAGAAUCCCGAAGGAGAAGAAAAGCAACUUCCAGUAGCACUUCCAUUCCACUCCCAAUGGGCUCUAGCAGAGUAAAAACACCGCUCAAUCCUCCCAUCCAUAACAUUACACCCGCAGUCUCUAGUACCAGAGAUGAAUCCGACUCUCACCCCAGCGAACCCCAUAUCUCCCGUUCCCCAUCCCCUUCACCCAAGUAAAAGCUCAUAAAUAAUCAAUAACGAAUUAAUCCCGAUGAGCGGUACUACACCCGCAUUAGCCCACAUCCCGCCAUCGCCACCCGCCGAAGCGCGGAAAGAGAAUAACUCACUCCUCAUCAACGUCCUCGUCGCCGAAAUCAGAUUCAUGGUCUUGGCCUUAAUGCUCUCGUUU